AUGUUCACUUCUAAAUCCAACUCUGUCUCUCCUUCUCCAUCUAUGGAACAGGCUGAUUCAGAUGCCUUGGACAUCAGCACCAAAGUGCAGCUGUAUGGAGUGCUCUGGAAGAGACCUUUCGGGAGGCCAUCUGCCAAAUGGUCCAGGAGAUUCUUUAUCAUCAAAGAGAGUUUUCUGCUUUACUACGCUGAAGGAGAAAAGAAGAACUUUGAAAACAAUCGGUACUUUAAUAUACACCCAAAAGGUGUCAUACCUCUUGGUGGCUGCAUCGUAGAAGCCAAAGAAGAGCCCAACAUGCCUUAUGCAAUGAAAAUCUCCCACGAGGACUUCCAUGGUAACAUUGUUCUAGCAGCAGAAUCAGAAUUUGAACAGGCCCAGUGGCUGGAGAUGCUACAAGAAUCUGGAAAAGUGACCUGGAGAAAUGCUCAGCUGGGAGAGGCUAUGAUUGAGACCCUUGAAGCACAAGGACUCCAGCUUGCGAAGGAGAAACAGGAGUAUUUAGAUAAGCUGAUGGAGGAGACUGAGGAGCUGUGUCUACAAAGGGAGCAGAGAGAGGCUCUGGAGCGCCUCAACCAGGUCCUGGAAGCUGAGAAGCAGCAGUUUGAGGAGGUGGUACAAGAUCUGCGGGGGGAACAAGAGCAGAUCAAGCGAGAACUGGAAAUGACAGCACGGUCUCUCAAAGGAGUGGAGGAAGAAAAGAAAGGGCUUCGAAGUCUGACAGAUACAUUACAGAAAACGCUGGAAGAACUUUCCCUGGAAAAACAGCGAACCCUGGAAAUGCUGGAAGAGAAUGAGAGCCACUUGCAGCCCCGGACCAAUACAGGUGACCAGUCUGAUGCGGCUGGGUGUCUGCAAAGCAACCUGCACCAGAUUGAAGAGAAAAUGCGCCAACUGCUAGAGGAGAAACUCCUGGCAGAGAAAAGAAUGAAGGAGAAUGAGGAGCGUUCCCGAGCCCUGGAGGAGGAGCGGGAGUUCUACUCUUCCCAGUCACGGGCCUUGCAGAACUCCCUGUCUGAGCUGACUGCUGAGAAGCAACAGACUGAGAAAGACCUCAAGGCAGAAGUGAAGGUGCGCAUGGACCUGGAGAAACGCUUGCAGGAGGCAGAAGAGGCCCUGCAGAGUCUUGAGCAAGGCCUGAAUUGUCUCCAUCGUAACAAAGAGAAGGAAGAAAAAAUGAAAGCAGAUGUCAGCAAUCUGAAAAAGUUCUUUGAGGAAUGCAUUCGGAAUGCUGAAUUAGAUGCCAAAAUGCCAGUCAUCAUGAAGAACUCUGUGUACCUUCAGAAGGCUGCCACCCGCAGGAUAAAGAGCUGCCGAUUUCAUCGCAGAAGAUCCAGCAAUGCUUGGAAUGACUUGCGGCAGUCACAGUCAUUCAUGUAUUCGGAGGCCGAAAGCAUAGAAGAGUUGAAGCAAGCUGCCAAGAGGCUGAGCCAAGACGAGCACUUCCGGGAAACCAUCUAUCAAAUCAUGAUGUCACGUAAAGAUGCCUCCUUAGGCAACAAAAAGUGAAUACUUGCCUCCUCCAAGGAGAGUUUCUGCACACAUCUUGUCAUCAUAAAGCUCAGCAAAAGCCAAAUUAUUGCAUCAAGAGGCAGCAGGGGGAUGUUGGCUGACAGUCUAUUUUUUUUCCUUCUAGGUAAUGAGGGAAUGGUGAACUGAACAUUCUCCAAUAUAGAUAGCUAGCUACCAUUCCUGGUGGCAGAUCAUCUGUUCUUGUCUACCCGGCUAUCAACUCCAGAUCAUACCAGCUAGUUCCAUUAAGAGGUGUUUUGUCAAGAUUUUGCAGUUAGUAUUAAAAUAAGCCACGCACUUUAGCUUGGAGAAUGCCUAGCCAUUCCUUUCACAAAUCCAGUAACUGGUCACUAAGUGGUAACUAACCAUACCCAACCUUAUAGACUACACUACACAGAGUCAUCAAUAUGGUGAUGAGAAGAAUGAUACUGUUCCUCUGCUUCCUUAAAUUUCUGAUUCGGGGCAUAUGCGCUGGAAUUCUCAAUUGCAGUUGUGGAUUAGUGACACUACCAGAGUAUGAGCGUAAACUGCUUUCUCCCCUUUCCCUUCACACUCCAUCUUUGUUCCAUCUUGUGGGUUUUAGGGAGGGCCCACCAACAAGCCAUCUGGAAGAAAAGAAAAGUCCUUCCUGUCUCUCAUUCUUGCUUAUUCGAUCAUCAACUGAAACAUCUGGUGCAUGUUGGGAAUU